AUGUUCCUGGUUAACUCGUUCUUGAAGGGUGGCGGAGGCGGCGGAGGAGGCGGGGGCCUGGGCGGGGGUCUAGGGAAUGUGCUUGGAGGCCUUAUCAGCGGGGCCGGAGGCGGCGGCGGCGGUGGCGGCGGCGGCGGCGGCGGCGGCGGCGGCGGCGGAACUGCCAUGCGCAUCCUGGGCGGGGUCAUUAGCGCCAUUAGUGAGGCGGCUGCGCAGUACAACCCAGAGCCCCCGCCCCCUCGCACACAUUACUCCAACAUCGAGGCCAAUGAGAGUGAGGAGGUCCGGCAGUUCCGGAGGCUUUUUGCCCAGCUGGCUGGAGAUGACAUGGAGGUCAGCGCCACAGAACUCAUGAACAUUCUCAACAAAGUGGUGACCCGACAUCCUGAUCUGAAGACUGAUGGCUUUGGCAUUGACACAUGUCGCAGCAUGGUGGCCGUAAUGGAUAGUGACACGACUGGCAAACUGGGCUUCGAAGAAUUCAAGUACUUGUGGAACAACAUUAAAAAAUGGCAGGCCAUAUACAAACGGUUUGAUGUUGACUGUUCAGGCACCAUUGGCAGCAGUGAACUCCCAGGGGCCUUUGAGGCAGCAGGAUUCCACCUGAAUGAACAUCUCUACAACAUGAUCAUCCGGCGCUACUCAGAUGAGGGAGGGAACAUGGAUUUUGACAAUUUCAUCAGCUGCCUGGUCAGACUGGAUGCCAUGUUCCGUGCCUUCAAAUCUCUCGACAAAGACGGCACUGGACAAAUCCAGGUGAACAUCCAGGAGUGGCUGCAGCUGACCAUGUACUCCUGA